AUAAUUAUAGAAUCAAUUGUAUAAAGACGGCGCUUGUAUUCAUUCCGGUUCACAUUCGUAAUACAUAUUAUAUUAUUAUAGGUGAUCAUAUUUCCAUUAUCAAAGGUAUUACUAUACUAUAACACUCAUAAGCAUUUGUAUUUUAUGAAAAUAAUUACGAUGCCGUCUGUGUAUAAUUAACAUCGAAUAUAUAGCCGCCAUUUCUAAGAAAUAGUAGUACUAAUACUAUACUGGUUACUAUAUAUCUAGUAGGGUAAAAAAGUAGUGUUAUAUCUUAAUUCAUAAAUUAUAAUAUAAUAUAUGAUUAAUUAGAUGUUAGACAAUAUUAAAGUGAUGACACUAUGUCGGUUUACAGAACAGCAUACCAUGUUUUCCUGGAAUCGUAUGAUCUCGAUUCAACAAGUCUGAACAUGUUUAAACCUGACUGAACGCGUUCAUAUCUGUUUGAACCCCGUCUGAACGUGUUUACAACUGUUUGUAACAUAUCUUUCGGUAACAAUUAGACUAAUUAUUGUUAUCGGUUGUGUUUAAGUUAGUUAAUAAUUUCAUCAUGGUGUAUGCAUAGCGCUAUAAUCGUUACCAUAUAAACAGACGUUGCUUUAACUUGUUGGUAUUGUGUUAAUUUAAGUCUAUAUUUAUACCAUUAUAACCAUAAUGGUAAUAAGAAUUAUAAUGGUUAUUACCGUCGGUGUACCUUUAAGUGAUCUAGAAAUGUAUGAAUGUCGUCUGAUAACAUUCAAUGAUGGAUGGAAACUAAACUAUUGAACACCUACUCAAAUGGCUAAAACGGGUUUCUAUUAUUCGGGCAAACGAGAUUGUGUCAGAUGUAUGUUUUACUCAAACGAAUUUGAUUGUUGGCAGCGAGGUAAAGAUUCGAUGAUGGAACGCAAGCGUAAAAGUCCUCAAUGUCUCUUCUUUAGAGACAGUUCAGCGUAUGAUGUUUGCGGCUUGUACGGUUCUCCACUCUCUGCAAUUAGCUCUAGUAUGGAAGCCGAAAAUAAUGAAUAUUUACUAGAAAUGCUUCAUCAAAUUAAAACUCCUAAUCAUAUAUUGUUUAGUACAUAUACCGCUCGUAUGACAACAUUUGAUAAGUGUCAAAGAAAAAUGAUGCAAAAAGUACAAUACCUUUGCGAAGCCGGAUUUUUUUAUAUAGGUAACGGUCAAAAUGAUCGAAUGUGUUGUUUUUGCUGUAGUCAAGUACUAAGAGAUUGGGAUGAUGAUGACGAGCCGUGGACAGAACAUGCACGAUGGUCUCCUAAAUGCGCUUGGGUUUUGUUCAAUAAAGGUAAAAUAUUUAUUGACAAAGCGUGUGGAAAAAAGGAUGAAAAUAAUUAAUCUUAAAAAUUUUUUAUUUAUAUGUGUAAAUAAUUAUUUAUUUUUGUGAUAUACAAUAAAUGUAUUAUUUUUACAAACAAUUUUUUUUCAAUUUAUACAUUUAAGAG